ACGCAUGGAUAAAUAAACAUUAACACGAGAAAGCUUCUGAAAGCUAUUAAAAGUUUUGUAUUCUGUUGAAAUGCCUCUCAGGUUAUCUAUUUUUCACUAUACAGUGUUUGCAUUUUGUUAAUGGGAAAAGAUAUAAUUAUGAAAAGAGUAUAUAUGAUAAAAUGUCUGUAGAAUUUGAAGUUCUGUCCUGUAUAUAUGUAACGUGAAUUUAAAAUAAAUUCUCAAAGUUUGUGAGAUUUUGCAACUAUGGAAUGUUAAGCAUCAUAUAAAAAUUAAUAUUAAAUAUCAACAAUAUUGUAACAUCGAUGAAAAACUAAAUAAAAAAGAUAUCUAAAGUUUUGAUGAAUUGUGUUUUUAAAACCGUAUAUUUUACAAUGAAUCCUUGUGUCUCAUCUACUAGAACAUUAAUAUCAAAGUGGAUCAAAUCUCAUCAUUGUAAAUCAAUACUUUGUGCAUCAAAUAUUGAAACUAAUGCCAUUAUUUUUUGUCAAAUUCAUUGUGGUUGGAAAGUAAAUAACUAUUAUAGAUUUGUGCCAAAAAUCAGAGAUGCUGAGAAUAAAUCAAAAGCUUUAUCGCACACCUAUUUAAAGCAGUUGCUACAAAAUUGCAAAUCAGUGAAAGAGCAAAUAGAAACCUUUGAUUCUUAUGUAAAGCUAACAGAUGAGGAUAUUUCACAUCGAAAUUCUGUUUGUCAUGAUAUUGAAAAGAUUUUCAAAUCUCAUUUUCCUAAUUGUUCUGUUCACCUUACUGGAUCUAGUGUAUCAGGAUUAGGUCUUAAAGGAUGUGAUGUUGAUUUAUCUUUUCAGCCUUCUGCUGAUGAAAACAAUGAGAUCAAUCCCAUUAAAGACUUGAGUUCAGAUUCUGUUAAAGAUAUUAAAUUAGGAAAAGUUCCAGUCUGUAAUUUUUCAUCAUUAUUACCAAGGCGACAACUGCACCUCUUAAAAAAUGCCUUAAUGAAUUCAGGGGCUAUUAAGGAAUCAGCUGUUGUACCUGGGCAUUGUCCAAUUUUAAAUUUUACUUAUCAGAAUCUAAGCUGUGAUGUUUCUGUGGACAAUAAAUCAGCUCUUGGUGGAACUAACCUCAUGCUGCUUUGUCGUCUGCUGGAUGAUCGAUUUGCACCACUAUAUCGAUUUAUAUCAUAUUGGGCAAAGCACUAUCAUCUAUGUGGUGGUCCAAUGAAACUUAAAAGUUAUGCAAUCUUUCUGCUUAUUGUUUACUUUUUACAAACCAGGGAUCCACCUAUAUUACCAACUGUCCAGUAUAUGUUUGAUAAAACAGAUUUUAUCAACAAUCAAGAUAAUUGGUCAUAUGAUGUUUCUAAAUAUUUAGACAGAUUUGGAAGCUCACAGAAUCCCCAGACUAUAGAUGAAUUAUUACAAGAAUUUUUCUUUUUCUACACCAAAUUUGAUUUUUUAAAUGUGAUAUGCCCAUUAACAAGUCAGAUAGAAAAUGCGAGAGACUUCAUUUCAAAGAAUGAUUCCGACGAAAAUAAGUUUCAGGUUGCUGAGAUUUCUAUACAAGAUCCUUUCAACCGUGAUUGGAAUGUCACAUCUGGAGUGAGUCAUAAAUACAGUAGACAUUUUAAGCAGGACUUGUCAUUAAUGUGCAAAGCAUAUAACACUGAGAAAUAUUGGAAACCUAGUUUUGAGAAUUGGGGUCUUCUGUGUCUCUUUGAGGUUCUUAAUGAAAGAAAAUCUAAUAAAAAAUAAUUCUAAUAAAAAAAA